GGAAAAACCGUCAAAACGUCAACUUAUGUGGGAGACCUGGUCCGAAACUCCGCCCAUUCUUUGUAAGGGUAAAGAUUUCGCUGCUAUUUUUAGCUGGUCGCGCGAUCACAGUGAAGAUCAGAUGUAGCCCAUGCCCCAAGUAAACAUUCGGUAGCUGUGAGGAUAGAAUGCUUUUAUCCUUUCCUUUCCGAGGAAUUGUGAAUGACACAUUUCCUCCAACGAAUGAUUCAGGUAUCAACAUUUCGCUUAUCACGAAGUCUUAUAAAACUGAAAACAUUUGAUCUGGAUCAGUUCAGGCGAACAGGCAGCAGCAGUGAGACACGAUUUUUAAGUUCAAUACGAACAGGCAGCAGCAGUGAGACACGAUUUUUAAGUUCAAUACGAACAGUUAUUGAACUUUGACUUUUCAUCUAUUUGUAAGCUACGGGAAAAAGUAACUUCCUUUUUUCUAAAUCAUUUAAGACACAUUUCGACACCAAAUCCAAUUAUAAACUGACUAUAGCUGGAAUCAAGAAUUCAAAAUGGAUACCAAAAUAGCACUGUUAGUUGACACAACAUCCAUCAUAAAAUAUUCCCUCCAAGCAGACCUCUAUAGCCUCUGUGAUAAUUUGUCAGCUGAGGGUUGUUCAUUGCAUAUUUAUCUUCUUGGACAAGACCCAAACAACAAAGACAUUACACAAAUAAAUGAAAAAUUAGAGAAAUAUUCAAACAAGAUGCAAACUUUCCAUUCGGAAAGUAAUCCUGAACUAAUAUUUCUUGCAAAGAGGCAUCUUGAUGAUAGAAACCUUGAAAGCAUCUUUAUAACAUCUAGUGAUGAUAAAAUUCACAUGUGGAAGGCUCUCACCAAUAUAUUAAUGACAGCACGCCAAUAUGAAUUUUCUUUUAAAACCCUAGGAGAAGCUUCUGAAAUAGAGCCAGAAAUUGAUUUAAAGCAUUUACAAGAAGAAUGCCGUGAAAUGCUAAAAACCAUAAAUACUAAUGAACCAAUUCGAAUUAUAAAAUCUCCCCUGAUUCCAAAAGACAUAUUUUACCAUGGUUACACAACUCGUAUUGGUGGGGUAUCUAGCAUAGCAGGAUUGAAGUCCCUUAACCUUCUAUAUAUUACAAAGAAAAAAGAUCCUAAAAUUGUAAUAGAAGAAAAUGUCCGCAGAGUAGCAGAAGCAGGAAAUUUCAAACCUGAAAGUUUUACAACGCCUUUAGUUGAUCAUGGAAAUAUUGUAUGGCAAACUGGAACACCAAAGCCUGAAGUCUAUGAUGGUAUGGUAACUGUAGAGCAAGGAAUUACUUUAGCUGCACCUGGAGCCGACUGUUUAGACCUAAUUUUUGCAGAUCCUAUCAAGAAAUGUUGUGGUGUAGCCCACAGUGGCUGGAAGGGAACUGUCUCAGAGAUAGCAAAAGAAGUCAUUAAGAAAAUGACUGAACUUGGUUCAAAUACUCAAGAUAUUUUGGUUACACUUGGUCCUGGAGUGGAAGGAUCCUGCUUUGUACUUGGUACUAAAGAUGCUCAGAAAUUUAAAGAUAUAUCAUUAUCAGAAUGCCUGAAAUAUAAUGAAAAAGAUGAUAAUUACCACGUAGACUUGUUCAAAGCCAAUCUUAAAAUCCUUGAAAGAAACGGCAUAUUACCUGAAAAUAUUGAUUCAACAACUGCAACAUAUUGCACUGUGUGCAACCCAGAUUUAUUUUUUUCUUGCGUAAGAGAUAAAACACCGUUUGGUAAUCAGUUUGGAUACAUUGGUUUACAUGCUUGAAUUAAAUAGUCAUAUAGGAUCAAUUCCAAUUUUAUUAUCAAAUCCAUCCUCAUUUUAUCCAUAAUUAACUUAAUUAACUUCAUCUUAUCUGCUCUUAAGGCUGUGGUAUUGGUUAGUUUUUCUUAAAGUGGAUUCUGUGAAAAAGUUGUGGAGUUUUGCCGGAUAACAUGUCUUUUAAUAAAAUUUAAUAAAAAUCUGUUUUGCAAAAAAA